AUGACAGUGUUUAAUUGUUUACUGUGCCAUCUUGAACAAGAGCCAGGCACAAUCAGUAACACCUCGCUCACUUCUCUUUUCCAGUUUGUCACUCUUGCAACCCUGCUUAAAAAUGACAUCAUCCUUGUGGAGCCUUCCUUGAGUCCAACUUCAGACCCACCAUUUGUUCUAUCACCUGCAGUCACCAUGUUUCUUAGCACAGGCUGUUCAAUCUCUCCAGCUGAAGUCAAUGAUGCAUGGUCCCUCCUCAAGGAUGUCAUCUGGAGUGGAGGGAUCACUGUCAAUGUGGGACAGCUAUGGGAGACACAUGGCACUCAAAGGGGUGUAGCUGAGUAUCUGCUCUAUCCUCCUAGCCACUCAUUCCUUCAUCCCAACUGCCAAUGUCGCGCAAAGGGCAUGACUCUCAAGAAGGCUGCUCAAACCUAUGUGGUGUUGUUCACGCUGACGAAAGGCCCGUGCAUUGCAAAAUCUGUUCAUCUCUACUGUCAAACUUGCGGAAUUGAUUACCACCACAAUUACAGUGUGUUUAAAGGAGAGCGCACCUAUUACGAGCAUCAACCAGAUAGUGUUCAGGCUGCGGAUCAUGUGUUCAUUGAGAAGAGUGUAGUCAAGCUCUUUAGGACUGCAAUGGAUUUCUCAUGGUAUGCUAUAUACCACACUCUUGAUCUCUCCCAUCUGACUAUAAAUCUUGGUUGCAUUCAGGACUUCAGCUAUGAACUGGCAAAGUUGUAUAACCUUUGCCUCUCAUGUGGUAAGCAGGCACCUGCAGACUAUAAAGUCAAGUUUGAGCUCUCUGUAGAGCAUGUUUGGGAUGGCUAUGUAAUCACUUCACUGCUGGAGGACUGUGAACGUCGCAUGAGCACCCUCAUUGCUCCCCACAUUGGUGAACAGCGGGACCGAUUCACAGAGGCCAUGAUCACAAGGAACUGCCACAUUCAGCUCUAUGGCUAUGAGCAGGUCCAUCACCACUACUGCAAUAGAUGCACAAGCAUGUAUGAAGAUGAGCAAGGUGUCGGUGAGUGUCAUAGUUUCGAGGCUACAUGGGACUAA